AUGCUUUUUUAUCAAACACGAUUAUCUCUUAUUAAUCCAAGAAGAAUAAACAAUAAUCUGUGUAUUGUUUUAAAGGAUGUUACAAAUCAAGAACAUCGUCCAACAUUUAUGUAUUAUAAAAGUAAUCGAGAUAACUUCUACGAUAUUGUAUUGAUUGAAACAAAUGCUGUCGACAAUGAAAAAGCCAUUGAAGAUUUUCGAGACUAUGAAUCAAUGAUUGAGCUCAGUGAACAGUUCAAAGAAAUAAAUAACACAGAAUUCACUUAUUUAAUCGCAUUUGCACUUGAACGACGAAAUCAAAACGAUGAUCUUGAUAAAGCAUUGAAUAUUCUCGAAAAAUUGUGUACAACGAAUCAGAUGGAUAGUGAAUUGAUGACUGACAUCAGUUGCUUGUAUGGUCGCAUUUACAAAGAUAAAUUUAAACAAGGAAAUUAUCUCAAUCAAGAAUUUUUGCACAACGCAAUCAUAUGGUAUCGACGCGGUUUUGAAGGCAAUCCAAACCUUUAG